ACCACUGCCACCGUCUAUUCACAAAACUUGUGGUAGUGUUAGGAUUCAGAAUCUCCCUGCAGACGGCCUCGUACCAAUCCUGACUCUCUCUUGUGUUCUGUGUGCCUUCAAGAUGAAAAUCGCGUUCGAGGAAGCUCAGCAGUUGGCAGACCGGGCCUUGCGGGAGAUCGGAUACCAGGAAGAAGACAUUCCCACUAUCCGUGACCAUCUGCUUGACAGCGAGCUGCGAGGCUACGGCAUCGCAGGACUCGCGCGGAUCCUGAGUAUUGCCGACAGACUGGCCGGUAAGACGCCAUCAUCUGGCAUCGAAGUGACAUCGGAGUCGCCCACAACAGCCCAGCUCAAUGGCAAGGACACUCUGGGCUAUCUAGUAGCCCACAAGGCGACGAAGGUGGCGAUCGAGAAGGCCAAGGCUUGUGGUGUGUCUGCUGUGGGAGCCAACAACACAUACUAUACCGGCAUGCUGUCCUACUAUGCGGAGAUGGCUGCAGCUGAGGACCUUGUGACCAUCAUCGCCUCGAACUGCAGUCCCUGGGUGGCUCCGCAAGGCACAUACAAACCUCUCGUUGGCACCAACCCUUUCUGCAUCGGAGUCCCCACUGAUGGCGUCCCCAUUAUCUACGACAUUGGAACCUCUCGAAUCAUUCAUGCACAGGUGAUGCUGGCCAUGCGCAAAAAUGAACAAUUACCACCCGACACGGCGUUCGACGAGAACGGAGAAAUGACCACCGAUCCUGAGAAGGCGCUGAAGGGAGCCCUGGCAGUCUGGGGCGGUGCAAAAGGGAGUGGUUUGGCUAUCGCGGUUCAACUACUGGGGAUCCUGGCCGGUUCCCCUGCCCUGCCGCCGAAUCUGGAAGAGUUCGGAUACUUCAUCAUGGCAAUCGACCCAGCCAAGUUCAGGCCUAUGGCUGAUUUCAAGCGAGAGGUGGGGAAUCUCAUCACUGCUUUCCAUACCACUCCAACCCUUCCAGGCCAUGCGUUGAGGCUUCCCUUUGAGCGUUCGAACCGUCGCCGAGCGGAAACUAGAGCCGGUGGAUAUCUCGAGGUCGACGAUGUCGUGAUCGAGCGGCUCGAAGCCUUGAUAUCGCCGCAGUGACCCGGGAAAUAGCCUGAAGAUUAUAACAAGGCUUUCCCGGUCAGGGUCGCCCGGCUCUCAAUGAUUGUAUCCUUCAUCGGAAAUUCGUUUCGAGAACGCACAGGAUAGAAUAUUCUUGUCA